CUUCCGACCGUUGAUGAUAUGGGCCUUUAACAGGCCUAUAUAUGUCCAACACACUACCUUUUAAUCACACCGUCCUUUCGUUUUUCAUCACUCUUCUUCUUCUUUCUAAACCCAAAAGAGUGAAGCCAUGGAUACGAGAGGUGCAUUCAUAGUAGCAUUGAUCUGCAUUGUGGUCGCCGGAGUCGGAGGCCAAUCUCCGGCCGCAGCACCAUCAAAAACACCAGCUGCUCCAGCUCCAACUACUACUACUACCCCCACCACUCCUGCUCCAACUACUUCCCCAGCAGUCGCACCCACUAAGCCAAAAUCCCCUGCUCCAGUCGCAUCACCCACAUCGACUCCACCAGCUUCUGCUCCGGUAGCUUCUCCACCGAAACCAGCGGCGCCAGCCCCAGUUGCUAAGGCUCCAGCAUCUUCCCCACCUAAAGCUGCUCCAGUCAGCGCUCCACCAGCUCCAGUUCCUGUCAGCUCUCCUCCAGCUCCGGUUCCGGUCAGCUCUCCUCCAACUCCAGCACCUGUUGCUGCUACUCCUCCAGCUCCUGCCGCCGCACCACCCGCCGUCGAGGUACCUGCUCCAGCUCCUAGCAAGAAGAAGAGUAAGAAGCAUAGUAAGUCUCCGUCUCCAGCCCCAGCUCCUGAUAUGCUUAGCCCACCUGCUCCUCCGGGCGAAGCUCCCGGACCCAACUCAGAUGAUGCUUCUUCACCCGGUCCUUCUCUUGCUGACGUGAGUGGAGCAGAGAAGAUGGUGGGAGGGCUUGCAUUGGGAUGGGGAUUUUUGGCUUUGAUCCUCUAGAGAUGAGAGAAAAGACAGUGCUCAUUAUUGUCGUUUAUUAUUUUAAUCUUUUCUUUUUUCUUCCCCAUGUUCCUCGCUCACUACUUAUUUAUUCAUACUUGAUUUAAUUUACCAUUUUGGUUUAUAAAAUGGUGGGUUUGAUUCGUUUUGGGAUUUGUCACAUUCCUAAUAUUAAAAUUACACUUGUAUUCUUUGUACAAGAGAGAGAGAGAGACAGGGAGAGAGAGAGAGUGAGGAUGAGGAGGAAGAAGGAGACUUCUUUUUUCUUAGUUUUGUACUAUUCACUUUUAUUGUUACUAUUUUUCUUCUUGGAUUAUUAUUAUUAUUAUUAUUGGUACA